UUUCAGAGUGGUUCCACCGUCGUUUUUUCUCAAUCGGUUGCGUUUCUCAAAAAAAUUUAAAUUAUUUUUGUGGGAUUAUUCUCUAUUUUGAUUAGUUGAAUUAGGGUUCAUCUGUCUUAUUUAUUUGUUGGAUAUUUUUUUCUUCUUUCUUUUUAAAGACUAAUUUAAUUUACGUUGAUAAUGGAGCAAUUAAGGAGAUCAGCAGCAAUGUCGUUAAAGAGCAGAUGCAGUGGUUUAUUAGAAAUGCUUCCGAGGAAUUUUAAGUCAAGGCAUGUGGCACAAUGUACUUCUGAAGCCAAGCAUGACUCUAAGGACUUACUUUGUGCCAAUGGAAAUACACUUCUUCGAGCGCUACACUGUGAUAGACAAUGCAUAGUUGGUCAUCAGUCACAAUUCCAACUCAUGAAACCCCAUGGCUCAAACAAUGCCAAUUCUUGUUUUAUAAGAUCGUUUGCUUCAAAAGCUUCAAAGAAAACGACAUCUGAGACUAAAAAAGAGGUAUCUACUGUUGAGGAUCCCUUUGAUGCACCUACAUACAACAUUCCAGAAAAGCCAGUUUCAUUUACUGAGGGAGCUUCCUACAGUAUUGUAAUUCUUGCAGGACUUGGAGUUGCAGCUGCUGCAGGCUAUGCUGUUUUCAAGGAGCUCAUAUUUGAACCAAAAGAGUACAAAAUCUUUAACAAGGCUUUGAAAAGGAUUCAAGAUGAUGCCCAGGUAAGAGUGAGGAUUGGAUCUCCAAUUACAGGUUAUGGCCAAGAAAGUAGGAAUCGUGCUGCUCGCCAACGUAUACCCAAUAAGAUCUACACUGAUGAAGAUGGUGUAGAGCAUGUUUUGGUCAAUUUCUAUAUCCGGGGACCCCAUGGAGCGGCCAAGGUUUCUGCCGAGAUGUUUAAAGACAAAAUAGACAAGGAAUGGAAGUACGUAUACUUGAUCGUCCAGUUUAUGCAACCUAACCAAUCGCAAUUGAUCCUCGAGUCUUACAUUCCGGACGCUGCUCCAGUGCCUGCAUGACACAUGUAACACACUAUUCUUCCAAGCUUAGAAAAGUUUCCUGGUGCAAAUUUGCUGCAGAUGACAUAAAUGGCCAACUCUUAUUAACAGAAUAAGAGUCCUGCAAAAUUUCACAACUUUUUUUUGUAUAAAAGAGCUCUCUGUUCAGUGCCAGUUUUGAUUCAUUUUGAGAUGGAAUAUGUAUUUUUGAAUCUGGAUUUUGCAACGAAAAUUAGUCAUCCUUAUGAUUUGGUUAUGUUUACCAAGUUGUGGAGUUCAUACCCAAAAUUUACUAUACAAUAUUCAGACACAUAAUGGAAGAUUAAAGACUUGAGUGACAAUUUGCUCCUUCAA